UUUUUUUUUUAAUUUACGGUUUUCUCAUAUAUAAAUUUACAUUUUUUCAUACCAAAGGCUGUCCAUCGAUGCUUUAACCUCGGAGAUGACCUCAAAGUUUGCUGGUUGCAGUAUACUGGACCAAGAAAGAGAAAUGGAUGCAGAAGAUUUAAUAGACAUUAAGAUCACACCUAUUGCUGAUGGUGGAAGUGAAAAUGAAGAUGAGGAUGACCUCAAAGAUUCUUUAUUGGGUGGGGAAGAGCGAAGAGGAAGUGAUCCUGGAAUUAAACCAUCACCAAUGCCUGCGGUGAAUGUUGUCUCUAGAUUUGUCACAUUUUCGUGGCUUAAUCCUCUCUUGUCCCAAGGAAGUAAAAAACCUCUUGAGGCAGAGGACCUGUAUGGGCUUAGAACACAAGAUUCUACCGGUGAACUUGGAGAUAAGCUUCAAAGAGAGUGGAAGAAAGAGCGAUAUCUGGCAGAAGAUAAGGAGAAGACCCCCAGCUUAUCUCGUGCCAUUGUGAAGGCAUUUGGAAUGGGAUAUUUGCGUCUAAGUGUUUUUGCAAUCAUAACUGAUGCUUUAAGAAUCAUUCAACCCAUAUUUCUUGGUCUACUCAUUGGUUAUUUCAAUGAAGAAACCACAACAACACAGAAGGAAGCCUUUUUGUAUGCUCUAGCAGUGUGUCUGUGCAGUGUCAUGUCUAGCUUUCUCAUGACCCCGUUCACAUUUUUACGGCAGUGCUAUGGUAUGAGGGUUAGGAUUGCCUGUACAUCUCUUGUUUAUGAUAAGGUGCUUAAGCUCAGCAAUGCAGCAUUGGCUAGUACAACUACUGGAAAUAUUGUGAACUUGGUUUCAUCAGACACUCAGAAGUUUGACUGGGCUUGUUUCUUUCUCCACUACCUGGUCCUUGGUCCUUUAGAAGCUGUUGCUGUACUUGGACUACUGUGGAGAGAGAUUGGUGCAUCAUCAUUGGCUGGGAUGGGUCUCCUGUUUGUCAUGGUACCCAUGCAGAUUAAAAUGGGCGAUGCUCUUAUGUAUUUCAGACGCCAAGCUUCAAGUUACAUUGAUGAGCGUGUUAAAUUGAUGAAUGAGGCAAUUAGUGGAAUGCGAGUAAUAAAGUUGUACACCUGGGAGGAUUCCAUUUCACAAUGGAUCAGGAAAAUAAGAAACACUGAACUCUCCUGGUUUCGAAAGCUGGCCUGUGUGCGUGGCUCAUUUUUGUCAUUCUUCUUUAGUUCUUCAGUGCUAGUGACAUUUGUAACAUUCAUGACAUAUGUGUUGACUGGCCACAUUUUAACUGCUCAGAAGGUCUUCACUUGCCUGUCUUUGUUCAAUUCUGUUCGUAUAGUAAUGACGCUGUUUUUCCCUAUUGCUAUAACUCUUAUGAAUGAAGGAAGAGUUUCCAUUGAAAGGAUGCAGAGACUACUUCUCCUAGAUGAGUUGCACUCUCAUGGUUUGGUAACUUCAAAUUUGAGACCAAAACCUGAAGAUUGUGGUAUUAAAGCUGAAAAUGUGUAUGCCAGUUGGAAUAAGAAUUUAGUAAAACCAACCCUCAGCAACCUUAACUUUGAUGUAUCUCAGGGUGAACUUCUAGCAGUUAUUGGAGCAGUAGGCUCUGGAAAGUCAUCUCUCUUAAUGUCCAUUCUGGGAGAGCUCCCUUUGACUGAAGGUCAAAUUACUGUGAGGGGAAAAAUUGGCUAUGCAUCUCAACAGGCCUGGAUUUACAAUAGUUCUUUGCAACAGAAUAUUAUAUUUGGCAGUGAAUACGAUGAAAGCAGAUACAGUGAAGUGAUAAAGGCAUGUGCCCUACAAAAGGAUAUUGAUCUGUUGGCAGAUGGGGACAUGACUCUUGUGGGUGAGCGAGGUGUUUCCUUAAGUGGAGGGCAAAGGGCAAGAGUUAAUUUAGCAAGGGCUGUCUAUGCUGAUGCAGAUAUUUACAUUAUGGAUGACCCUCUGAGUGCUGUGGAUGCAGAUGUUGGAAGACAUUUGUUUGACAAGUGUAUUUGUGGACAUUUGGCUCAGAAGCCUCGUAUCUUAGUCACCCAUCAGCUGCAGUACUUGAAGGAAGCUGAUCAGCUGCUUGUUUUGUCAGAUGGUGUCUGCAUCGGUCAGGGUAGUUACCAAGAACUUGCUAAAUCUGGCUUUGAUUUUAUGGCAUUACUGAUUGAGGAAGAGGACGAUGAUUCUGCCAUUGAAUCUGAAUCUGAUGAACCAGGAGUAAAGCGGUCAUUUAGCCGGCUCCAAAGUCAACAUGGGUUCUCCUUGGGUCGCUCAGACAGUGUUCAAUCACGGUCUUCUCACAGAACAAGCUUUAUGCUGGAAAGCCAGUUAUCAAUCAUGACAUCUGAAACUGAAGUAUCCAUUUUCGACGAGAAUAUCCUUCCUAAAGAGACUAAGCAAGAAGGUGCGGUGACACGGGACACUUAUGUUCAGUAUUUCAAGUCAUUACACAGCCUGAGUGCCUCUCUUUUUGUGGUGCUCUUGUUUGCAAUAACACAGGUUGUCUUUAUGUUGUCUGAUGUAUGGUUGUCUUAUUGGUGUAAUGAAGAGGAGAAGUACCUGUUGGCAACGUUUGAUACACACAACACUUCCAGCUCCAGUCAAGGACAAGAACUCAACCGCGAUUUGUAUCUUGGCAUUUACUCCGUGUUUGUGAUUUGUCUUCUUUUCUUUACGUUACUUAGGACUCAGCUCUUCUUCAAACUCACUAUUGUGGCGUCAAGAAAACUCCACGAGAAGAUGUUUAAUGCUCUCUUGCGGGCGCCAUCUUAUUUUUUUGACACAAACUCAAUAGGUCGCAUUCUAAACAGAUUUUCUAAAGACAUGGGAUUUGUUGAUGACAUGAUGCCGUUCACUUACUGUGAUUUUCUACAGACUUUGUUCGUUGUUGUUGGGAUUUUGGCGUUAGUAGCCAGUAACAAUCCCGUUACAUUUGCUGUUGUCAUUCCCAUCGUGGUUGUGUUCUGGUACCUAAGAUCAUACUACAUGAAGACAUCUCGGGAAGUGAAAAGAAUCGAGGGAAUAAGCCGUAGUCCACUAUUCGGUCAUUUUUCCACCACUCUGUUAGGUCUGGACACUAUUCGUGCAUUUGGCGUGGAGGAGGUAUUUACGGAUCAGAUGAACUCCUAUCAAGACGCACACACAAGGGCCUGGUUUACCUUCAUCUCAACUUCAGCAUGGCUCUCUUACAGGCUUGACGUACUCUGUGUUAUUUUCAUCAGUUUUGUGGCAUUAGUAUCUCCUGCUCUGAAAUCUUCUUUGAGCGCUGGUGUGGUAGGUCUUACGCUAAGCUACGCCAUUAAGAUAUCAGGUGUGUUCCAACAGUGCGUCAAGCAAAGCGCCGAAGUUGAAAAUUUGAUGACGUCUGUUGAGCGUAUCCUGGAAUACUGUAACCUGGAAUCCGAAGCCCCUAGAGAAACAGAUACGAAACCUCCUGACGGCUGGCCACCUAAAGGAAGAAUAGAAUUCGAGAAAAUGAGCUUUAGAUAUCACAAAUCUUUACCCAGAGUGCUGCACAGCAUAUCGUGUUCUGUUCAACCAAGUGAAAAGAUAGGUGUGGUGGGGCGCACAGGUGCUGGGAAAUCGUCCUUGCUAUCCACCUUGUUCCGCCUGGCAGAGCCAACUGGUGUCAUACAAAUUGAUGGUAUUAACAUACAGGAAAUUGGGCUGAAAGACCUGAGGAGUAAACUGUCCAUCAUACCGCAGGAGCCUGUUCUUUUCAGCGGCACCAUGAGAAGAAACAUUGAUCCGUUUAGAGAACACAGUGACUUAGAUUUGUGGAGAGUAUUAGAGGAGGUGCAGUUAAAGGUUGCUGUUGAGAGCACCAAGGGAAUGGAUACAGAGUUUGCUGAGGCAGGCUCAAACUUCAGUGUUGGUCAGCGUCAACUAGUUUGUUUAGCUCGGGCCAUUCUGAGGCAGAACAAGAUUCUGGUGAUUGAUGAAGCCACGGCGAACGUGGACCCCAGGACAGAUGCCUUGAUCCAGGCCACCAUCCGAGAAAAGUUUAAGCACUGCACAGUGUUGACGAUCGCUCAUCGUCUGCAUACAAUUAUGGAUUCAGACAGAGUUAUGGUUUUAGAUGCAGGGAGGCUGAAAGAAUUUGAUGCUCCAUAUACGCUCCUAAAGAACCCCAAAACAACUUUUGCUCAGUUAGUGUCUCAGACAGGACCAACAGAGGCAGGACGAUUGUUCGAGAUAGCUCGGCAAAAGUUUUACUCAAAGAAAGCCAUACCAGAAGUAGCGGAAGAGGAGAUAGACGGGCAACGUAAAGAUUUUUUGGAUGAGUUUUCCUCGUCUAAUACCUUGACUGCUAUUGUUCCUAACGGAAGUGGCAUCGAGUCUCAACUCCAGUUUGAGUCCACUAUAUAGUUAUUUAAUAUCUUUUUACACAUCACACGUGCACAGAAAUGAUCUUUAUAAACACCGUCAGAGCUUUGAUUACGUCGUGAAAGGUUUCUAUUUUUUAUAUCGUAUAUAAAUUAUUAUAAUUACAUAUUAUAAUUAUUUUUACGAUAAUGUAGACUCAAUAUUAGUUUUCGGUGGCAAACUUUCCUUUCGGCGAUGACGAUGUAGGGCUUGACCUGCGGACACGGUCACCAGUCCGUACGCUUAUCGCCCACUUUAGACUGCUCUUAGUUCACAAAUUCUAAUAAUUAGGCUAAUUUGACUUUCAAAAGAUUUUCUUUCGUUAAUUUAAUUUCAAAAUAGAUUUGAUCGAGAGUUAUGGAUUUUUUAUUUCUUAUUUUAUUUCUAAUUUUUUUUUGAAAAAAUAAACUGGGUAAGUCUUUCUUAGAGUAUUGAGUGGUAUGUUGCUCACACCAAUCAGAUCGCCGCAUCGAGGUAUGUAUCUCGCAACGACCAAGUCACGGCAUUGAGGCAUUUUUGCACCAAUCGGAGCAUCAGAGCACUGUCCCUCAUAUCAGUCAUGUCGUGGAAUUAGGGUCUCGUUACGCAGUAGGGAUGGAGAGAGAGCGUCGCGUGACGAAUCCAAAAAACGGCUGCGAAGGAGACUACAGUAAGCGUGACACUAAUGCAGUUUAUUUCUCCUUUUAAAAAACUAUUCCCACAACAGCAACAACAGACCUUAAACUGCCUUUGCGUAAGCUUAUUUCAUAUAAAUUGGAAUGAUUUUUUUUACUGUUUGAUCAAGCAGCGUGUUACCAAAUUGAAAAUGGAUUUUUGACCUCAAGUGCUUCAGAUGUAGAUUUAUCAUAAAGCAAGUAGUGUCAUGAUGUUCUAAACAAAGAAAACUGUUUGGUACAGUAAUUAUUUCUUUACUAUGUUACUUAAUGCAGUUAUAUUAGAUAUAUAGUUUCGAUAUUUUUCAAAGAUUUCUUAUAGCAUAUAUUGACAGCCUGAAAAGUUGAAAGAAAUGUAGUUCAUGCAAACUAAGUUGAAGUCAACAAAUAAUAUUCUCCAUGAAAGAAACAUUUUACGAUUUUGUAAUUAAAUUGAUACACUGAUACUCUACUAUACUUUUGAUCUAUAACUAAAAGAUGAGUGUGGUGUUGCAGCAUGUUAAUUGAG